AUGGCCGUGCGGAUGUUGUCACUCGACGUCUGCCAGCUAUUCUAUUCAGAGGACGAACUGUUUAAAAAAAGAGUCAUCCUUCCACUACGGAUUAAUCUCAUGCAGCCUAAUGAAGACCUCUCCACUCAGCUCCUGUACGACAUUUCGAAUCCCAAUUCGGCAAAUUAUGGGCAACAUCUCAGUGCGGGAGAUGUUAUGAAGCUUUUUGAACCCACCGAUGAAACUGUCAAGGAAGUUACUGAGUGGUUGUUCAAGGAAUUGGGUGUUUCUGCAAGGGAACGCGUCCAGUAUUACCAGUCUAAUGGUGCACUCUUGGCCAAUGUCACAAUCACCGAAGCGGAAUUUCUCCUCCGAACAACGUAUUCCCUCUACCACCAUCCUCCCACCGGAAAGUACCAUAUCGCCUGCGAUUCCUAUUCCGUUCCGACAUCCAUUGCUCAACAUAUCGAUCUGAUCACCCCUACAGUCCAUUUUGAUCUGCUUUUGGGAGGGGUUGGCACAUGGAACGAAGAAUGGGAUGAGGUCGACAGUGAUGAUAUUGAUCCGAGCAGGAGGCAUGAAGGAGGACUGACAAAUUGCGAUCAGAAGAUUCAACCAGCUUGUUUGAAGGCUUUAUAUAGCUUCGAGUGGUAUAAACCGCGAGCGAUAAACCGGAAUUCGUACGGAAUUGUGGAGCUUACGCCUCAGAGUUACAUCCCUUCAGAUCUCGACAUCUUUGCUAAAAAUUUCACACCGAACGCCGUAAAAUACCGACCCAAACUCGCAAGUAUAAACGGUGGAACCCUCGGCAGAAGCAACUCGUCUGACUUUGAUAACAAUGCUGAAAGCAAUCUGGAUCUGGAGUACUCCAUCGCAUUGACUUACCCUACGCCCAACGUGUUAUACCAAGUUGGAGAUCGCAUCCGAGGGGCUUCAUUCGAUAACUUCCUUGAUGGAAUCGACGCUUCGUAUUGUACAUUCGAAGGAGGAGACGACCCACUCUACGACCCGAUCUAUCCCAAUCCAGCACCGGGGGGUUAUAAAAAACAGGAUUGUGGGAAGUACAAGCCCACUCCUGUGAUCUCCAUUAGUUAUGGCUAUAACGAAGCUAAUUUGACUCCGAGGUAUGCGAGACGUCAAUGCACGGAAUAUAAGAAGCUUGGAUUGAUGGGCGUCACGGUUCUCUACCCUUCUGGGGAUUUCGGUGUCGCAGGAAACGAAGACAAAUGUAUAAAUCCAAAGACAGGAGAAUUCACUUGGGAUCCAGCAGGGACUAAGUUUGCUCCCAGCUUCCCGGGAACAUGCCCUUGGGUUACCAGCGUUGGUGCGACGCAGAUGAAGCCUGGCUCCACUGUUACAGAACCCGAGGCGGCUUGCGAGCUAGGUUCGUCCUUCCUCCUAGGAUCUUUCUCCCGAAUCUACCGUCUCCAAGUUAUCUACAGUGGAGGAGGGUUUUCAAACAUCUUCCCAAUUCCUGAUUAUCAGAGGAAUGCCAUCAAGACGUACUUCAAGUUUCACAAACCCAAGUAUAGCUCUGCUCAAUACAACAAUUCGAUGAAGACCCGUGGCUACCCCGAUAUCUCUGCAAAUGGCGCCAAUUAUGUUGUUGCCAUUGGAGGCUCGUGGUAUCGCACCUUCGGGACGUCCGCUUCAAAUCCCGUCGUAGGGGCUAUCAUCACUCUUAUCAACGAUGCUCGGCUCGCGGUUGGAAAGCGUCCCGUUGGAUUUAUCAACCCAGUGUUGUACACCAGCCCAGGGAUUUUAAACGAUAUCACUAUGGGGAAUAACCCGGGGUGUGGCACUUCUGGUUUUGAAGCCGUCAAGGGUUGGGAUCCCGUCACCGGCUACGGAACCCCAAACUUUUCCAAGAUGCUUGCCACUUUCAUGGCUUUGCCUUGAAGCUGCCUUUUUGGCGUUCAAAUAAUUUAAUGUGGGCAACGUUGACCACACGGGUCUGCGCGAUUUGUCUGGUGUCGUUGGAAACGCCCCUGAAGAUUCCUUGUGGAGUUAUAUAUAGCUUUCUAACGUACUGGCUUGGUGAUGCGUUUGAAUACUUGAAUACACUGAUCGUCUGCUGUGC